CAUGUACGCCAAGGGCAAGGGCUCCGGCGUGCCCUCGGACGGCCAGGCCCGCGAGAAGCUGGCGCUCUAUGUCUACGAGUACCUGCUGCACGUGGGGGCCCAGAAAUCCGCCCAGACCUUCCUGUCGGAGAUCCGAUGGGAGAAGAACAUCACGCUGGGGGAGCCCCCCGGCUUCCUGCACUCCUGGUGGUGGGGUGCAGCCCCCCCCAACGCCCUGAGCUCCUGUUGCCCCCCCCUGCAGCCCCCCGUGGGUGUUCCUGGCUCCCAGCCGCUGCUGCCCAGCGCCAUGGACCCGGCCGCGCGCUCCCAGGGGCAUCCCGGCAUGGGGGGCCCGAUGCAGCGCAUGAACCCCCCCCGGGGCAUGGCCGGCAUGGGGCCGCAGAGCUACGGCAGCGGGAUGCGCCCCCCCCCCAGCUCCCUGGCCGGCCCUGGAAUGCCCACCAUGAACAUGGGUCCCGGUGGCCGCGGGCCCUGGCCCAACCCCAACGCCAACUCCAUCGCCUACUCCUCCUCAUCCCCUGGGAAUUACGUGGUGAGUGUUGGGGUGCACUCUUGGGGAGGGGGGGCUGCAGUGACCCUGUGA